AUGUGCACUUCACUAUCAUACAAUGUACACUGCUCUAUCAUACAAUGUACACUGCUCUAUCAUACAAUGUGCACUUGCACUGCUCUAUCAUACAAUGUACACUGCUCUAUCAUACAAUGUGCACUGCUCUAUCAUACAAUGUGCACUUCACUAUCAUACAAUAUGCACUGCACUAUCAUACAAUGUGCACUGAGACUGGUGAUGAAACGACCAUAG